UCUCUUCAGCUCUUCUGCUGAGUGGAUUUUGCACAGGAGGACCAGCCCCUCUAACACCAGAGUCAGGCACCUGCUGGGUCAUGGGCAACCUCCACUACACCUUUGACAGCCAUUACUACACCCUCAUGGGCAACUGCACCUACAUCAUGGCCAGCAACUGCCAUGUUGACAGGACCCAUCCGGCCUUUGCGGUGGAGACCAAGAACGUGAACGUGGGCAACGUACAGGUCCCAACAGUGGGGACGGUCACUGUCCAUGUUUACGGGUUCAACAUUAAUAUUGUCCGUCUGGAGCUUGGUGUCGUGCGAGUGAACUAUCAACAGUGGAAUCUGCCAAUCAACCUUAACGAUGGCAAGGUGAGGCUGUUCCAGAGAGGCCUGUACGUCGUCAUGGAGACAGAUUUCGGCCUGACUGUGCAGUACGACUGGCAGGAGUACCUCGCCAUCACAGUGCCGGGCAGUUUUGCUGGCAGCAUGUGCGGCCUGUGUGGCAACUUCAACAACAAAAACGAAGAUGACCUCAUAACUCCCAGUGGUUCAGUGGCCAGCAGUGUGACAGCGCUGGGAGAGAGCUGGAGGGUACAGGGCGCCACAAAUGACAUCGACUGCCAAGACCAGUGUGGCAGCCAGUGUGAAAGCUGUCCUCUCAAUGAAUUUGAGAAAUUAGAAAAGCAAAUUUUCUGUAGCUUCCUUUUGCAAGAUAUUGCUGGACUCAUUGGUUGUCUCCCUGAAAUUGACUCAAGUGUCUUUGAAAGCAACUGCAUGCUUAACCUCUGUAGGGGUGAAACAGUGAGCACGUACUUUUGUAAAGCUAUUCAAGGCUAUGCUGACAUCUGCCAGAAGUCUGGGGUUAAAGUGCCUAAUUGGAGGCUUUCUUCUAAAUGCCCUUCACCAAAAUGCCCAGAAAACAGCCACUAUGAAUUCUGCGGGAGUGGCUGUCCUGCUACAUGUGCAAACCCAAACACUCCCCUGAAUUGCAACGCCACCUGUGUGGAGACGUGCGUCUGUAAUGACGGGUUCCUGCUCAGUGGCACCAAGUGCGUCCUGAAGGCUCAAUGUGGCUGCCUGUAUGAGGGCCACUUUGUGGAAGCCGGAGCCUCCUUCUGGGGUGAUGAAAACUGCACCGAACGCUACACAUGCUCCGCUGGUGGACAUCUGUCCCUCAAGCAGAGUAGCUGUCCCGUUGUGCAGCAGUGCAAGGUGGUGGAGGGGCUAAGAAGUUGCUAUCCUGUGGACUAUGCCACAUGCAUGGUAUUUGGUGACCCACACUUGGUGACCUUUGAUGGGCAGCACUACAACUUCCAGGGUACUUGUGCAUAUCAGAUGGUUGGCAUCUCCUCCAAUCAGACGAGCCUGGAUUCUUUUAGUGUUGUGCUGCAGAGCGAUGGCCGAGAUAAGAAGACUGGGUCUGUUGUUAAGCUCGUAGAGGUCAAGGUGUACGGAUACACCCUAGUCAUCAGUAAAGAACAACCUGGCGCUGUUUUGGUCAAUGGCGAGCUCUCCAACCUCCCUGUGGCACUGGACAGCAACAAGCUCCAGCUUUACACCAGCGGCUGGUUUGCUGUCAUCGAGACCGACUUUGGGGUGAAGGUGUACUACGAUUGGAGCAGCAUAGCGUUUGUCAUUGUUCCCAGUACAGUCAUGGGUGCGACGCAAGGUCUUUGUGGCAAUUACAACAUCAACCCCAAAGAUGACAUGCAGAUGAGAGAUGGGAAACAAGCUGCCACUUCUGAAGAGCUAGGUCAAAGCUGGAAAGUCAGCAAGAUCCCCGGGUGUGUGGACGGCUGCAGCGGCCCCUGCCCGGUCUGCAACGCCACUCAGAAAGCUCAGUACAACACCAGCAGUUACUGCGGCCUCAUCCACGACCCUGCAGGCCCGUUCCGUGACUGCCACUCGAAGGUCGACCCCACAGAUUUCCUUAAUGACUGCCUGUAUGACGUCUGUCUUUACCAGGGCAGUAAAAACAUGCAGUGCAAGACUUUGACUGCAUAUACAGCAGCCUGUCAGCUGAAAGGUGCCACUGUACACUCCUGGAGGUCGGCUCAGUUCUGUGAUGCCCAGUGUCCAUCAAAUAGCCAUUAUGAGCUCUGCACCAACGAGUGUCUCAGAUCUUGUCAGAAUGACUCUGCUCUAUGUGGAGCUCAGUGCAUGGAAGGAUGCGCCUGCAAUGAGGGUUUUCUUCUAAGUGGAGAUGAAUGUGUUCCUGCCAACCAGUGUGGCUGCAUGUAUGAAGGCAAAUACUACCAGCAUGGACAGGUUUUCUACCCAGAUGACCUUUGCCAGGAGGAAUGCAUCUGCAAUGGCACAGUGGAGUGUAAGAACUUCUCUUGUGGUCUAUAUGAGAAGUGUGAGAUGAAGAAUGGCGUGCGAUCAUGUCAGCCUUUGGGAAAAGGCAUCUGCUCCAUCUAUGGAGAUCCACAUUACAAUACCUUCGACAACACCACCUACGACUUCCAAGGCACCUGCACCUACAUCGCAGCAGAGGGCUGUCACCUGAGUGGCACACGGCUCACCAGCUUCUCUGUGAUGGCGGAGAAUGAGAAAUGGUACCGUUUGUCCGACAAUCCCGAGGUUGCAGUUGCCAAACUUGUAGCGGUAGAGGUUUACGGAACCAUCCUGAUCCUUCGGAGGAAUGAAGCAAAAAUGGUUUGGAUAAAUGGAGUCCUACAUCACCUUCCGCAAAAACUCCUCAAUGGUGCAAUAACUGUUUAUCAAGAGGGGGCUAAUGAUGUCAUUGUGACUGACUUUGGCCUUAGGGUAACUUAUGAUCUGGUCUACCACAUCACUAUCUCUGUCCCUGGAAACUACAGAGGCAAAACCUGCGGUCUGUGUGGCAAUUUUAAUGGCAACAAACAAGACGAGUUCCAGCUGCCGGACGGAAACGUGACCAAGGACCUCCAGGCGUUUGGAGCAGCAUGGAAAGUGCCUGUGCGUGAUGUCGUCUGUGAAGAUGGCUGCAGUGGCGACCUUUGCCCUAAAUGUGACAAUUCUGAAAAAGCUGUAUUUGAGGCAAAAUGCGCAAUCAUCACCAAUCCUAAAGGUCCUUUUGCUGGCUGUCAUGAUAUAAUUGAUCCCGCCCCCUACUUCAGAGAUUGUGUCUAUGAUGUUUGCAUGGCUAAAGAUGAUCAAGCCACACUGUGUCACAGUAUUGCUGCAUAUAUGUUGGACUGCCAGGACUUCGGCACAAAAAUUGAGAGCUGGAGAAGUCCUUCUUUCUGUCCUUUUAACUGCACUGCCAACAGUCAUUAUGAAACCUGUGUACUGCCUUGUACCUCUCCAUGUUCCGGUCUCCCUGACACCAUCUCAUGCAACACGACUUGUGUUGAGGGCUGCGCCUGUGAUAAAGGCUACUACAACAAUGGAACUGGCUGUGUGCCCUUUGACCAGUGCGGCUGCUAUUAUAAAGGCAUAACCUAUGAGGUCGGAGUGUCCAUUAUAACUGAUGACUGUCACAGUAUUCACACCUGUCAGGCCUCUGGAGUUGUCCUGUCCACGAAUAUGACAUGUGACCCCAAUGAGAUCUGCCAGGUCAAGAACGGUGUGAUGGGCUGCUACCGUCAGCAGUGCUUUUUGCAAGCCAACGGUACCCUUACGGCAUUCAGUGGUGAAGUUUGCACAAUCACAGUGCCGGGUUCCUAUGAGAUUAUCCAGAGCUGUGACCAGUCACGGUCAGCAGACUGGUUCAGGGUGGUGGUGAAGUUGGAGACUUGCACUCCCGGAGUCAACACAAUUGUGGCUGUUCAUGUGUUCUUCAAUGGAAUAAUGAUCACACUAAACACCAAACACGAUGUCUGGAUUGAUGGAAGGACCAUGACUCAGACCACUGUCUCUCAAAAUAAUGUAACAGUGGAGGUUUCCAACAACACAGUAAGCAUUUACAGCGCCUCCAGCCUUCAGCUGUCCUUCAGUUUAACCAAUGAACUCACCAUAAGUGUCAGUGACAAAGUUGCUGACAUGGUAUGCGGGGCAUGCGGGAAACUCAGGCCUAUUGACACAACCCCACAAGAUCUGAGAGAGAGACUGCUGGGCUCUUUUCAUGAGCUGCGUAAUGCUUGUCCAUCGCUGGACUUGGUGCAGUGGACGGCUCCUGAUUUCCCCAAAUGUGGGUUGUAAAUUCCUGUCCUGCCAGCUUUUUAUCAACUGUAUUGAUCAAGAUCCUCCAAAGUGACAGUGCCAUUGAUUUGUGAAAUUAUCAUCAGUUGUAUAAAUAAUCCUAUACAGUAUAUCCAUAUUAAUCCUGUUUCUUGCCAUGUUUAAAUUUACAGAAUUCUAGAAAAUAUGUGCAUUGUAAUUAGUCCAAUAACAUAUAUUUUGCACCAUUGUACAAGGUACAGCUUUCAACUUUGCUGAUAUUUUACUUGUGUGUAAUUACCAAUAUAUUAAGUGCUGCCCAUAAUAAUGACAUGCAGAAUACUGUAUGCUCAAUAAACUAUUUGUUCAAUGUC